CGAACCGCCCUUGGGAAGAGGAAACCAGGGUCUAGCGCGCCAGCGUCAGCUGCUCUCGCUUCCCACCAAGGGGCAUUGAGCAUUCAGAGCUAUAGGACCUGGCGGGGGUCUCAGGAUUGGGCCUUAAUCGGCCGCCCUCACUAGGCGGCCUCUUCUCAGGCAUCUGCAGUCGGAGCGGAAGAGGAGGACACAGCGUUGAUGCCAAGGAGUGCCAAGUGCAAGGUCCGCGGCCCGGCAGGAAAGGCGGCCUUCACUGUGCGCAGACUCGCCGCCCGGGGUGUGAGGGGUGGGGCCUGGACGAUUGAGGGGCGGGGUCACGCCCUUGGGCCCGCCUUCUCUAGCGCCUGUGAGCUGCCGAGUGCGCGGUCCCCGCGUUAUUCUGGGGGCUUCAGUCAUAGGCGCCGCCCAAGAGACCCUGGGCCGGCGCCGGGCGCAGCUGCCUCUCUGCGUUUGCCUGUCCGUCUUUGUGUCUGUCUCUGUGUCUCUCUGGCUGUCUCCGAGCUUGCCUCCACUUCCAGAACUAAGUCGCCCCGACACCUCCAUCCUGCGAAAACCCGACCCUUUCCCAUGUCAGGCUACUUGCCCCCCAAAGGCUAUGCCCCUUCACCCCCACCUCCCUACCCUGCGAGCGCUGGGUACCCAGAGCUGGCGCUGCAUCCUGGACCCGGGCAGGCGCCAGUGCCUGCCCAGGUGCCAGUGCCUGCCCAAGUGCCUGCCCCUGCACCAGGCUUCGCUCUCUUCCCUUCGUCUGGCCCGGUGGCCCCAGGGUCUCCUGCCCCUUUCUUGCCACUGCCAGGGGUUCCUUCUGGCCUUGAAUUCUUGGUGCAGAUUGAUCAGAUCUUGAUUCAUCAGAAGGCUGAGCGAGUGGAAACUUUCCUAGGCUGGGAGACCUGUAACCGGUAUGAACUGCGCUCGGGAGCUGGGCAGCCCCUGGGUCAGGCGGCGGAGGAGAGCAACUGCUGCGCCCGUCUGUGCUGUGGCGCCCGCCGGCCACUGCGUGUCCGCCUGGCAGACCCUGGGGACCGAGAGGUCCUGCGCCUGCUCCGCCCGCUCCACUGUGGCUGCAGCUGCUGCCCCUGCGGCCUCCAGGAGAUGGAAGUACAGGCUCCGCCCGGCACCACUAUUGGUCACGUGCUACAGACCUGGCAUCCCUUCCUCCCUAAGUUCUCCAUCCAGGAUGCUGAUCGCCAGACAGUCCUGCGAGUGGUGGGGCCUUGCUGGACCUGUGGCUGUGGCACAGACACCAACUUUGAGGUGAAGACUAGGGAUGAAUCCCGCAGUGUGGGCCGCAUUAGCAAGCAGUGGGGAGGACUGCUCCGAGAAGCCCUCACAGAUGCAGAUGACUUUGGCCUACAGUUUCCACUGGAUCUGGACGUGAAGGUGAAGGCUGUGCUGCUGGGAGCCACAUUCCUCAUUGACUACAUGUUCUUCGAGAAGCGAGGAGGCGCUGGGCCUUCUGCCAUCACCAGUUAGAGGCUGCCUCUGGGUGAGGAGACCAUCGCCUCAACAAGAAUUCAAGAUGGUCCCCUGCCCUGGCCUGGCCCCUCCUCAGAGGCAGCCCCUUUCUUCCACGUACACUGCAGGGAACAGACAUGGGUGCCUGAGUGGCUGGGGGCAUGAUGCCCUAUCCUUACCCUCUCCCCUGGCCUCCUUCACCUGUGGCUCUGCAGAAGGGUGUGUAUGAGAGCCCUACCCUGCUGUCUCCUACCACUGUCUCCCAGCAGUCCCUUUGCACACAGGCUUUCAGACUGUCCCUACCCACUCCUUCCCAACUCCUUCCAGGGUCUCUGUACCAGAAGUGGCCUUUGGAACCCAGGGCUUGGAUUUUACAACAGGGCUGGCAGGGGAAGAGCAAGUAGCACCAAAGAUGGCAGAUAUACCACUCUUCCCCUGUAUCAGCUUGGCCAAUUCAGCAUUAGGCUGAACUGGCACUUUGAGGGGAUUCCUAGUUCCCCGCCAACAGCUGUAGAGGCUGGGCUCCAGUGCCAACUUCCUUUCUCCCUCGGGCCCUGCCCAUAGCUGGUGCUUGCUGCAGCUUCCUGUGCCUUAUUUAACCUCCACCCCCUUCCUUCCCUUGCCUAGGAAGGAGGCUGCACCUUUGUAUGUUGUAUUCAUAUAAACUUUGUAACUUUUUGAACA